ACACGGGCAUAAACUACAUCACUUCGGGGAAGCACAGACAUUCCAUGACUGGCGUCUACCGUAAGCGCGUUCGAGUGCAGACGCCGGUCAUAACCGGAAUAGUAAUAUGCACGCGCAUUAAAAAAAACAUUCGAGAGUAUCGCAAUGCCAUCGGAGGACUAAUAUACAGGUAAACCGGACUUGUUUCAAGUUACUGCUUGAAGCGUCAAGUUGGACGUGAACGGGCAAACCAAUACUCCAAUUUGCCAAUUUGCACACGACGAUACGGCGGAUUCCUUUUACUGAAGGGGAAAAGAUGCAGCAUCGGAAGUUCUGGGGAUUUUCUUACAUUGGAUUCUAUGUGUGGACGUCGCUUCUCUUCAAAGGCUCUCUCCAGGGGGAGUACCAGCGGAAGCUGUACAACGACCUGCUGAAGAACUACAACCGGCUGGAGAGGCCGGUCCUGAACGACUCGGCGCCCCUGCUGGUGGAGCUGGGUUUGACGCUGCUGCAGAUCAUCGAUGUGGAUGAAAAGAACCAGGUCCUGAUGACCAAUGCUUGGUUGCAGCUGCACUGGACCGACAUUUACCUCAACUGGAAUCCGGACAACUAUCCAGGUGUACAAAACCUGCGCUUCCCCUCCAAUCAGAUCUGGGUGCCUGACAUUCUGCUCUACAACAGCGCAGAUGAAAGAUUUGAUGCCACUUUCCACACCAACGUCCUGGUGAACUCAUCAGGGGCAUGCCAGUAUAUACCACCAGGGAUUCUGAAGAGCACGUGCUACAUCGACGUGCGCUGGUUCCCCUUCGAUGUGCAGAAGUGUGACCUGAAGUUUGGCUCCUGGACACACAGCGGCUGGCUGCUGGACCUGCAGAUGCUCAACGUGGACAUCUCCACCUACAUCCCCAACGGGGAGUGGGACCUCGUGGCGGUCCCGGGUAAGCGGAACGAGCUGUAUUAUGAGUGCUGUAAGGAGCCGUACCCGGAUGUGACCUUCACCGUGACCAUGCGCAGACGCACGCUGUACUACGGCCUGAACCUGCUCAUCCCCUGCGUGCUCAUCUCCGGCCUUGCCCUGCUCGUCUUCCUGCUCCCCGCCGACUCCGGAGAGAAGAUCUCUCUGGGGAUCACUGUGCUCCUGUCUCUCACGGUCUUCAUGCUGCUGGUGGCUGAGAUCAUGCCGGCGACUUCAGACUCCGUACCGCUCAUCGCUCAGUAUUUCGCCAGCACCAUGAUGAUCGUGGGCCUCUCUGUGGUGGUCACCGUCCUGGUGCUCCAGUUCCACCACCACGACCCCCACGGGGGCAAGAUGCCAAAGUGGAUUCGGGUGGUCCUGCUCAACUGGUGCGCCUGGUUCCUCAGGAUGAAGAAGCCGGGGGAGGACCGCAAGCUGAUUGGCUACAAGUACAGCCACGCCCCCCAGCACCACUCCAGCGCCAGCAGCAUCCAGCUGAACGCGGUGGCGGCCCAGCCGGCCAACACCAACGGCAACAUGAACGCGUACUUCGGCUACCACGCCAUGGAGAGCGCCUGCUGCCCCCCCGGGGGGGACUCGGGCCUGGCCUGCGGCCGCCCCCCCACCGCCGGGCCGCCGCUGGACGACCGGGAGCGCCCGCGGACGCCGCUGGCCGCCGGGCACAUCCCCGAGAUCGCGCGCAUCCUGGAGGAGGUGCAGUACAUCGCGCGGCGCUUCCGCGAGCAGGACGAGGCCGAGGCCGUGUGCAGCGAGUGGAAGUUCGCCGCCGCCGUGGUGGACCGCCUCUGCCUCGUGGCCUUCUCGCUCUUCUCCAUCAUCUGCACCUUCACCAUCCUCAUGUCCGCGCCCAACUUCAUCGAGGCCGUCUCCAAGGACUUCACAUAGAGCCUCCCGAAACGAAAUUAAAAAUAAAAACUAAGGGAAGGUAAGCAAACUGACAACAAAGGCUUACAGACAACAGAAACCCAAUUACGUUUUGUCUAUUGAGAAAAAUAAGUAUUGUAAAAUUAUGAAAAUAUUGAAUAAUCUUUAAAAAAAAGAAAACCUGCUAUAUUUUGAAAAUAUGUCCUGGCCCCAUCUCCCCCAGUGGCUCGCUGAUUUUGAUAAAUUCCUCUUGUGUGGCGUCUGGGCAAAUUUGGAACGGUUCUUUGCACAGUUGAUGCUGUUUUUGGGGGACCUCACAAACGGGGUCCUCAGCCUGGAGAUUCUGCUCCCUGGAGACACACCCGCUCAGCCCUUUAUGACAUAGCCCUUCUGCCCACGGUGGAUUGCCAUCCCUAAGGAGACGUUUCACUGUGAACUUCAAGCUUUCCAUCUUGGAUCUGACUCUCUGUCCAUUACGCUUACAGGCUGAUAAUCUCUCUGGCGUUCUAAUCAAACCAUCUGCGCUCUAGUGAGAUUUCUCUGCUGGUCACUUGUUGCUCUAAUGAUAAAUAAUCGAAUGCUGCUCUUUUGCCAUUCGCGAUGAAGACAUUUCUUACUGAAGGCAGUUGGACUUUUGGGACAUAUUCAGUAUUUUCUCUUUUAUUUUGGGGUGAGAAUGACCCAAUCACAAACCGAUGGGAUUAAUUCUCCUCGCAGGAUUUCUGGGUCACACUCGCUCAUCCUGGCACUAAAAGUGCGGCCUGUCACUCAGGAAGAAAACGGAGACCAGAGGAUACAGGAAAAAAGUGGCAGACACAAAAACCUUCAUAACAACACGCAGAAUUCAUAACUCAUGCUGGAUUUAUGUGGAACUUCUCUCAGUGACUGAGGAAUGGAAGGACUGCAGGGUUGCGGGGGGGCGGGGGGGCGGGGAUCAUUAUGAAUUAUUGAACAUGAAGUGGAACUGAACACGACUGAAUGGAGGCGUGAAUUUCACAUGGAUUUAGCUCAACUGUAAAUAGAGAGUACACUGUGGUUCUGAUGGUGGGGAAGCUGUGGUUCUGAUGGUGGGGAUGCUGUGGUUCUGAUGGUGGUACUCUGUGGUUCUGAUGGUGGUACGCUGUGGUCAUGAUGGGGGAUGCUGUGGUUCUAAUGGGGGGGAAGCUGUAGUUCUGAUGGUGGUACUCUGUGGUUCUGAUGGUGGGGAUGCUGUGGUUCUGAUGGGGGGAUGUGGUUCUGAUGGUGGUACUCUGUACUUCUGAUGGAGGAUGCUGUGGUUCUGAUGGGGGGUGCUGUGGUUCUGAUGGUGGGAUGCUGGGGUUCUGAUGGUGGAUGCUGUGGUUCUGAUGGUGGUACUCUGUGGUUCUGAUGGUGGUACGCUGUGGUUCUGAUGGGGGAUGCUGUGGUUCUGAUGGUGGUACGCUGUGGUUCUGAUGGUGGUACUCUGUGGUUCUGAUGGGGGAUGCUGUGGUUCUGAUGGGGGGUGCUGUGGUUCUGAUGGUGGGAUGCUGGGGUUCUGAUGGUGGAUGCUGUGGUUCUGAUGGUGGUACUCUGUGGUUCUGAUGGGGGAUGCUGUGGUUCUGAUGGUGGGGAUGCUGUAGUUCUGAUGGUGGUACUCUGUGGUUCUGAUGGUGGUACGCUGUGGUCAUGAUGGGGGAUGCUGUGGUUCUGAUGGGAGGGAAGCUGUAGUUCUGAUGGUGGUACUCUGUGGUUCUGAUGGUGGGAUGCUGGGGUUCUGAUGGUGGAUUCUGUGGUUCUGAUGGUGGUACGCUGUGGUUCUGAUGGUGGUACUCUGUGGUUCUGAUGGUGGUACUCUGUGGUUCUGAUGGGGGAUGCUGUGGUUCUGAUGGUGGUACGCUGUGGUUCUGAUGGUGGGAUGCUGGGGUUCUGAUGGUGGAUUCUGUGGUUCUGAUGGUGGUACUCUGUGGUUCUGAUGGGGGAUGCUGUGGUUCUGAUGGUGGUACUCUGUGGUUCUGAUGGUGGUACUCUGUGGUUCUGAUGGGGGAUGCUGUGGUUCUGAUGGUGGUACUCUGUGGUUCUGAUGGUGGUACUCUGUGGUUCUGAUGGGGGAUGCUGUGGUUCUGAUGGUGGUACGCUGUGGUUCUGAUGGGGGAUGCUGUGGUUCUGAUGGUGGUACUCUGUGGUUCUGAUGGUGGUACUCUGUGGUUCUGAUGGGGGAUGCUGUGGUUCUGAUGGGCCGAUGUAAAUACUGAUGGCGAGAGAGGGCCUGGUUGCCUGUAUGUGGGAACCUGGCGAGAGAGUGCCUGGUUGCCUGUGUAUGUGGGAACCUGGCGAGAGAGUGCCUGGUUGCCUGUGUAUGUGGGAACCUGACUACAUUAAUGAACCAUUACUCUCGGCUACUGGGCUGACAAACAAAUAAUUAUGGGAAUCCCCACACCAUCUGACAAGUCCAUAAGUUUAAUUUAGCGGAAAUAUUCAAAUAGACGAGGCCUGUUCCUGGAUGUGUGUAAAGCUGGGUUUUCCUUAAACUGGAUUCUGUAAUUAACCUCAUUCCCCAAUAAGCGCUGUGUAAUAAUUAGAUUUUAAUAAUUCAUAGGAUUUUCCACAGAAGUGCUGCAUCUCUCUGCCUGUUCUUCUUUCUUCUAAGGCUUUUUCAGAAAGCAAACACAUCUCUCCUUACCCUCCCAAAAGUGCUUACAGGAGCACUGUUUUCAUAACUUCUGUUGUUAUUAUUUAGGGCAAUGUGUCCUUAUUCUGUAACACAAAUAUAAUCUGUUAUCGUGCUUAUCAUCUUCAUGUCUGCAAUCGGUGUGAGCUGUUUGCAACUGAUGCUCCUUCCUUUGUUGUGAUUUGUGAGACACUCAGCUCCAGGACCAACAGGGGUAAUGGAAUGUGUGGCAAGGCGAAUGUGAAGGGCAGCAGAAUGGUUGGGUGGGGUGAAUACUGAAUGGGCCAGUGUCAAGGCAACAGGUGUGUCAUUGGGGUUUGGUCGCUGCUGCCUGGUGAAUAUCUUUUAUUUUGAAUUUUCAUAACUUAAUAAUUAAAUGAAUAAUUCGUAAUUCCCCUCGGUUUGUAAAUCAGUUUGUUAUUAAAAUAUAGCGAGCAAAGGGUUAUACAUAUAACCAGAGCCUUCACAGAGUUGUGAAGUCAGCAGUGAUGUUGCUCUUGAUUCCGUGUAUUGCAGUUUUUGUCUGGUUUCUCCAGGAUGUGUCUCAGCCUCUCUGAAAGCACCUGCUCUGUGUGUUUGUCAGUUUUGAACAAAGUAGCAUAAAUAAUUAACUUCAGGUGAAUCGACCCUGGAAGACCAGCAUGGUUGUUAUGAACAAAUUAAAACUGAGCUCAAAUAGGUAUAAUUCCACAGACAUUUAAAUAAAUGAGUAUGUUCCUGCAAUAAUUAUUACAGAGAAGUACCUUUGCCUCAGAAAACCCUUCCAGCAGAAUGUUCGCAAUUUCUAAACGCAAGGGUGUGUCCUUGAUU